AUGAUAUCGGUAGAGAAGCAUUGAUAUUACUUGAAGAAGCUUUGGAUAAAAAUCUAAAGUUACUGGAACUAAAUUUAUCAGAUAACAAUAUUAAUGGCAGUGAUUGCGAUAUAAUUAGACAGAUAAUGGAGGGCGACAAUAUGUUACAGAUAUUAAAUCUAAGUAACAACAGAAUUUGCAACGUAGGCGGACAACACAUUGCAAGAGGAUUAGUGAAAAACGACAGGCUAAAAGUGCUGAAUCUAAGUUGGAACAGAAUAACAGGAAAUGGAGCAGCUGCAAUUGGCUAUGCUUUGGCUAAAAACAGUGACCUUCAAGUUCUGAAUAUAUCCUGGAACGGGUUUGAACAUGGCGGUGCACACGCUUUAGCUCAUGGCUUGAGCCAAAACACGUGUUUAAAGGAAUUGGAUAUUAGUUCAAAUAGAAUCGGCCAAUCAGGAGUGGCAAAAUUGAUGAAAGGUGUAAAAGAAAACACGACCCUCGAAGCUCUGAAGAUCGCUGACAACCCUAUCAAAACAUGUAGCACAUUAAUGGUCUUGUUGAUAGUGGAAAAACACGAAAAGAUAUCCUUCUUGGAUUUUGGCAGUCAACCAGUGACUGAAGAGUUUGAACAGAAAGUUUCAAAAAUCAGAAAAGACAAAAAACUGGUGGUCAAAUACGGUAAAAUUAUCCGUGAUACGAAAGCUAAGAAAAUAGAUGGGGAUGACACAAUGUAUAUCAGCGGAGAUCCACUACUGGUUCUACUGGAAUUCACCAGGAUGAAGAAAAUACAUAUAUUGGACAUGUUCCGAGCAUUCGACCUAGAUGACAGCCAUUCUAUAACAUGGGAGGAAUUCAGGCAGGGCAUCGAGCAAAACAAGUUACCAAUAAGACCCUCCAACAUAGACAAGCUAGUACAGAGUAUUGAUAUGGAUAUGGAUGGACAGGUAGACUUCAGUGAACUGGUUAUUUCCCAGAAAGCACAUAAAAGAAAAGUAGAGAAAUUGACAGCCAGCGGAGAGGAUGUUUUCAAUAAAAGUGCAAUUGGAAUUGUAAACGAACGACUAAGGAAGUGGUUCGAUGAUCAUCAUUUCGUUUUGAAAGAUAAAUCGUUCACUGAGGCCGUUUCCUAAAAUGUAUACAUUAUAUUUAAAUGGGUAUACAUGAAAUAGUCAUACAUGUACAUCAAAUGCUGAUUCAAUCCAUUAUCGUCCAUAUGUAUACAGGGGCGGAUCCAUCCAUUUUUAAAAGGGGUUUCAACCCAGGAUAAAAGGGGGUUCCAACCAUAUGUCUCCAUUCAAAUUCAUUGAUCGUCAACAAAAGGGGGGGUUCCAAACCCCCCGAAACCUCCCCCAACCCCCCUUUGGAUCCGCAACUGUGUAUAGGAUGAGAUUCAUACGUCGACAUAGUAUUCUUACAAAGACAA